AAACCUUAAUAAGCCCACACACACACACAUACAUUCUUCCUUCUUACCAUUCCCAUACCCCUUUCUUCACUGUCCCUUUUCCUUUUAUCCCUUCAUUUGUAGGGUCCUUUCUCCCACUACUCUCCCUUUACCUUCAUUAUUAAAUCCUCCUCUCUCCCCCUCUUCAUUUCCCCAACUUCUUCUCUUUUCCCCCCUUUUCUCCUCUCCCAUGGCUGCUCCGACUUUGACCUUCCCUACUGAGUUUCCUUAUGAUUUUGACUCCUUUCUCUCUAACUGCGACCUCAACUCGCCUGUUGAAUCGGUUGGCAGCUCCACUACAGAUUCCACUGAUAGCUGUGGUAGCGAUGAUGAUGAGUUCUUUGUUGGGUUGGCCCAGAAACUUGCAUGGACGUCCCUUUGUGAAGCUGAAAACACAUUUGAGAAGAAGUAUGUUAAAGCUGGCUCUCCUCAGUCGACUUUGAGUGGAAUAGAUACCUGGUUUCGUCCUGAAAGUCCUUCCUCUCAGUUGAAAUCGCCUCCCAUGGCGGUUUUUGGGGCUGAGAAUGAUGCUAGAGCGAUUCUACAUGCAGCUGCUAGAGAAGCUGCGAAGUUGAAGAUGAGUGGCGAAACAACCCCAUUUCAGAAUAAUGACCCUUUUAUGAGAGGAUUUGUAGGUGCUCGAUCUUCUGUUCCAGUUAAAUCUACUAAUAAUGUGGAUUAUGGUGUUUUCUCAACUCAGAACUCUGCUCGGAAUCUUGCAUUUGCCGCGCAGGUGCAGCAAGUGAAGCAAGAUCUUGUACUACAGGCUCUCCGUGCCUCCUCUUUGAGAGAAAGACAAGCCAAAGCCAGCUGGUCGGCUCAGCCACACUGGAAGCAGGAGAUUCAAAACAGAGAAAGAAAUGUUGUAAAUGCAAGUGGCCGGUGCGGUGGAGGCACCGGCGGUUUGUACCAUUCCCCAUGGCUUCCGCCGCUGCAAAAUCAACAACCAACAUCUAACCCCACCGUCGUGCGUUGCAUUCAUCCCGUCAGAUCCGGCGUGAAAAGAGCUUCCUCCGGCACCGGCGUUUUCUUGCCUCGUAGGUACAUCAACCCUUCCGAAUGCCGCCAGAAACAGGGAAUCCCAUCCGUUCGAUUUGUGGAGGAGAUGAAAAGCCCCAUUCAAGCUCCACUAAACGGUUGCCAUUCCCCUGGCUUCGAUCCCAUUUUAUCAAGAAGAAACAAUCCCCUUCUGCCAUUGCCAAGGAGUUUCCGAACAGAGGGAGUCAUGAAUCAAGAACAUCAUCAUCUGCCUCAGGAAUGGACAUAUUGAUGUUGGAGAAACAGAGAGAAACUAGAGAUGGAAAUUGUUUUGUAGGAUUUGGAUAAAGAAGCCAUUAAAGUAGGCAAUUAGUAGCAUUAAUUUAUGAAAGAAGAAGAAAAUGAAGAAGUGGGGAGAUUCAAAAGGAAGUUUCUUUUUUUUUUUUUUUUUUUUUUUUUUUUUUUUUUUAGAUUUAGAGAAGCAAUAAGUAACCAUGAAGUUAUUUAUUGAAUGAUGAUGAUGAUGAUGAUGAUGAUGAUGAAGAAGAAGAAGUUGUAGGCAGCUUUUAUAAUAAAAGAAAACAGUGGAAGUAAAGUAGUAGUAGUAGUAUUGAGAAGAAAAGUUGAAGAAGGAUGAAGCUUGAAAAAAACUUAAAGGACAGGGAUGGUGUUGUGUCCUUGUAAUAAUUCUGUAAUUUUGUGUUAUAGUGAUUUUAGAAAUGGUUUUUUGGGGGAUGGGAAAAAUAUAAAAAAGAAAUCCCUCUCUGGCUUGUAAUUUUGUUGAUGGAUUUAUGGAUAUGCUUUUAAUAAAUAAUAAGAUAUAUGUUGGAUUUUGUUACA